AUGCCAAAGAAUCCUUUCCGAGUCGUAGAAAUGGCGCUUGAGAUUCAGAUCGAACGAAUGCGCCUAGUUGAAAUUGUAAACGCCCGCGACGCCGCCGUUCAGCGUCUUUCCGACGCAUAUGUUUCGAUUAGACAGAAGCAAGACAUCAUCGACCGUUUACAAAAGGAGAGGGAAGAUAAAUAUGCUCCGCGAUUCACCCCGAAUUCGCUUCUCAGGGUGCCUACUGAGCAGGCCGACAUACUCGCGUUGAAGGCGCAUAUACACACUUUGGAAACAAUCAUCGAAGAGUUGAAGGCUGCUGCGAAGGAGAAUACCCUUCAACCGGUGAAGUCAUCUGAUCCACCGCCGAAUUAUGAGGAGACUGCAAAGCCCAACGUUAUGAAUGCAGCUGCACAGGUGGACACAAAAGGCGUAUCGCCUACUUCUCGGGAGGCAUCCAAGGUCUCUGAAUCAGACAAGCUGAAUGGCGACGCCAAGGUGCCCCAUCCUCCCAAGCCCGAGGAACUGGCCGAAUUAGUCAAGGCAAGAAAUCGAAUUCUAGCUAGCAUCCCUCUACCUCCAAACCCUCCUGAUAACCCGCUCGUCCCUAUCUCCCUUCCUUCCUCAAUGACCCUUCAUGAAUUCCUCAGUAGUGCUUCAGCGACUCUUAGAACUUGUCUUGGAAAUUAUCGUGUCUUGCAAAGUGUUACGACAAACUGGUGUCCAGAACGCGAAGAACACGGCUUCAUGUAUACCCCCGCGUUCAAGUGUAGCACAAAUCCGAGGGUAGCAACCGCUCACCGAUGGAAUGGUGUCGAUGUGAUUGGACGAAUGAGCAAGCCUACAGAAUGCUUUUACAAUAACGAAGGGACGUGGUAUUACGCUGGUUCGUACAAGGCCUUCCAAAUGGACGACGUGACCACUAGAGAAUGGGCAGAACUUUCUACUGAGACAUCAUCCGCUCUCAUUAAAGACACGAUUGCAGGGCGCAAAAACAGUUCCCCACAAAACACUUACGAGACUUCUCAGUUGUAUGCUGCCGGCGCGCUGAAAGUGGCUUGCGUAGGUCUUCAAUGUGUCGGCUUCAAUCAGGAGGUGUAUCGGUCCGUCUCGGAGCUUGCUGCGAAACUCAACCAAUCGAAAUGGAAGGCUUUGGGUAUCCCCACUCCUCCCGCAGUCACUACGCCUGUUCAAAAUCAAUCUCUUGGACUACCUGUUCCUGUCACUAUUCCUACGUCUCAUUUCAAGCCCCCGACUGCCACUACUACUUCUCCCUCUUUGCAUUCUGGCACUGGUUCUCCUAUAUCUGGACUUGGGAUUGGAGCUCCUGCGUGGAACGCUGGGUUGGUGAACGGCGUCUUGCUUCCUCUUCCUGCUGGUCGGGAAAAUUCGCCCUUUUCUGGGGAUAAUGGUCUGUAUGCGAAUGCGAAUGGAAGCUUGAAGCGGUGA